AUGUGUCAUGUAGAAAAAAAUGUAUCGCUUCGUAAACUAAAUACAUAUGGUAUUAACGCUGUGGCACGUUAUCUUAUUCGAGUUAAUAAUGAAGAAGAUUUGAUAAAAAUUUUUAAUGAUCCAUAUUUAACAAAUAUUGACCAAAAACUUAUUUUAGGUGGUGGAAGUAAUUUGCUUUUUGUUGAUGAAUAUUUCAAUGGACUCAUCAUUUAUAUGUGUAUAAAGGGUAUUACUAAUCUCAUGAAUAAUGAAGAAAAUAAAAAAGUUAUACUGAGAGUUGGUGCUGGUGAAAAAUGGAUGGAUUUAAUUACUUAUACAAUUCAACAUAAAUAUAAUGGUCUAGAAUAUUUAGUUGGUAUUCCAGGUACUGUUGGUGGUGCACCAAUUCAAAAUAUUAGUGCAUAUGGAGUAGAAUUAAGCAAUGUAUUUCUCGAAUGUCAAGUAUUCGAUAUUCAAAAUAAACGUUUUGUUAUCUUUGAUAAACAUGCAUGUGAUUUUGCCUAUCGUACAAGUAUAUUUAAACGGAAAAAUAAUAAUAACGAUCGUAUGCGCUAUAUUAUUACAUAUGUGACAUUUGAAUUAUCAAAAUCAUUAUCAGAAUCUGUUGAUCUACAAAGUAAAAAUAUUAUUAAGGAUAUCAUACAACGUCGAUCUUUUAAAUUACCUGAUCCAUGGUUACAUGUUGGUAAUGCUGGAAGUUUCUUUGUAAAUCCAAUUAUAACAAAUGAUCAAUAUCAAAAGAUAAAACAACAAGAACAAAAUGAUAUUCCUCAUUAUUUAUUGAGUAAUAAUAAAAUAAAACUUAUAGCUGGUUGGCUCAUUGAGCAAUGUAAUUGGAAAGGUAAAAGUUUACGUACAGCAGGCACAUGGCCUUCACAUGCUAAUAUAUUAAUUAAUAAAGGAUCAAAUCAUGGUUAUGAUUUAUGGACAUUAGCAAAAGAAAUUCGUACAAGUGUAGAAAAACGAUUUGAUAUACGAUUAGAACCAGAAGUUAAUAUUAUUCGAAUAUUUAGACCAAAUAUAACAUCAUCAAAAUUAAUUAUUAGAAAAACUCAUUUAUGGCAAAAUGAAAAUAAAACCAAAACAAUUCAUAUACCAUCAGAUAAAAAUGUUUGUGUUCAUCUACUUUUUGCUGCCAUUAGUUUAAAACAAAAAGUUUCUUUUAAAGAUGGAUUUUUUGACAAUAUUUGUCAUGAUGUAACACGUAUUUUACAAUGGAUUGAUGAAUAUAACAUAGCUGAUCUUUAUUUUCAUAAUCAUCAAUUAUUAAAAAUAAUACCAAAUGAUCAUAAAUUAACAGAUUUAACAUCAGCAUCAUUCAGUCGAGCUAGUAUUGAUAUAGCUGGACAUACUUUAUUAAAAUAUGGUAUUGUAAGUUGUGUUAAACUUGGUGGUUGUCAAUUUACUGAUCGUCCAAUUGAUCUUCAUCUUAAUUUACUUGUUGCACUUGGUGGUCAUAGUGAUGAUGGUGAAACAUUUUAUUUAAAAAAAAAUUGGAAUAAUUGUAAUGAUGAAUUUGAAUUUGAUUGUCGAACUAAAAAUGGUAUAUCAAGUGUUGGUUUAACUAUACAUGCUUUACUUAGUUGUUGUGCACUUCCAAGUCAUAUUCAAUGUAAAUUAACUUAUGUUGCACUUGAAAUAUCUGUACAAACAGUAAUUACACUUGCAUCACAAUAUCGUCCAAUGAUUGUAAAUGAUUCUGAACGUAUAAUUAUUUUUGAAAAAAAUCAUUUAUAUUCAAAACAUGAUCUUGUACUUGAACAUGUACCAAUCGAUCAAAUUUAUUUAUUUACAAUGUGUUCUUUUGCUGCAAUGCUUCAAUUUAAACUUAUAAUUGAUAAUUUUGAAUAUGAUCAAUGUAUAACUGAAUAUUUAAAAUCAUUUAUAUCAAUAACUAUUGAUGAUACUAAUCAAAAUGCUAUAGUUGAUGGAAGAACAAGUUUUAUUCAUAAUCAUAAUGAUACACAUAAAUUAAUUUGUGAUAUCUAUCCAAAUGGAUUACCAACAGAUAUUUCACCUAUAUUAACUGCUUUAUUUAUUGCUCGAAAUAUUUCAUUUGAACUUAUUGAUCAUAUUUAUGAUAAACGUAAUACACAAUGUAAAGAAUUUACUAAAUUUGGUUAUGAAAUAAUUACUAAUGGUAAUCAAAUUCUAUAUGAUAGAAAUAAACAUAAUACAGAACCUUGUAAAGAUUUAUUUGCUCAUGAUAUACGUAGUGGUGUAGCAGUUUUACUACUUGCAUUAUAUCAUGUCAAUACAAAUCAAUGGAAUAAAAAUGAUGAAAUUAUUAUACAUCAAUAUGAACAAAUUCAACGAGGUUAUGGAAACUUAUUGCAUCAAAAAUUAAUUGAAUUUGGUUUUGAUAUUCAAUUUAUUCAAGAAUAA